UGACUCAGCAUCUCAGACAAACUCAGCAGUAUAGGAACAGUAUAGUAUAUAUCACAAAACUCAAGGGCUUUGCUGAGGCCCUGUGGUAGAGAAUUUCGACAUUUCCUGGACUUUCUAAACUUGUCUCCACUCUCUGAUCCUCCUAGGAUCCGGUGCACGGGCUAGGUCAUCUUGCUGAAGAAGGCACUUGAGGCUGAUUUCGGCAGGCUCUUGUUCGCUUUCUGCACCAGGUUCAGAUUGUGGUUAAUCUGUGGCUGUGGAUCCCAAGAACGGUCUCCAGCUCGCGGACCUGUUGGUUUUUUACUCUGCGGUUUGCAUUGCUUGCCAAAAAAUCCCUUGGCUGUUGAAUUACUCGAGACAGGUCCUUGUUAUGUAUCCCUGGCUGUCCUGGAAUUGGCAAUGUAGACCAGAGUGCUGGAAUUUAAGGCUGCACCAACGUUCAGUUCCUAUCAGGAGAAGUUGAAGCCUAGACUGGAUAUCUUGACCUUUCACUCCAAGCAGUCAUGGAUCCCUCACUCCUUCCGUCCUCUGUGUCCAUCUCCUCCUGCCUUGACUGAAGCUGCUUCCUUUAGGACCUGCUUCACUUCACUGUGCUCCUGCUUAACUCUGACCCUUUAUACAGUGUGUCAGACAAAGUCCCUGCUUUGUCCGUGUAGACUCUUUCAGUGGCUCCUCAUCUCUAAGCAAAAAUCAAGAUCUUCACAAUGAUUUGCAAGCCACUGGGUGGAUUUCCUUUUCUCCGAUGUCACCUCUACGAUUUCUUCCCCUCAUCGGCUGGCUCCACUCCAGCCACAUGUACCUUCCAUUUGUGGGACACCUCUGAGUGCUCUUGUCUCAGAUUUUACCGUGUCUCUUCCCUUUGAUAGACCACUUUCCUUCCAGGUAGCAAACUGGCUCAUUUUUGCCCCUUCAUGCUUUUACUCAAAUGUAAUAAAAGCCGAUUUUUUUUUUUUUUUGGUUCUUUUUUUCGGAGCUGGGGAUCGAACCCAGGGCCUUGCGCUUCCUAGGCAAGCGCUCUACCACUGAGCUAAAUCCCCAACCCAGCCAAUUAUUUUCUUAACCAUCUGCUUAAAGGAAAUGCUUAUUUCCAAAAUGUAUAUAUAUUUCUGAUAUGUAUAUAUUUUUAAAAUAUGUAUAUAUUUUAAAAAUUUGUACACAUGGGCUGGUAAGAUGGCUCAGUGGUUAAGAGCACUGGGUACUCUCCCAGACGUCCUGAGUUCAAAUCCCAGCAACCACAUGGUGGCUCACAAUCAUCUGUAAUGAGAUUCGAUGCCCUCUUCUGGUGUGUCUGAAGACAGCUACAGUAUACUCAUGUAUAAUAAAUAAAGAAAUCUUUUUUAAAAAAUAUAUACAUAUACUUUCAUUUUUAUUAUUAUGUGUGUGGUGGACAUUUUAUUAAUUAUGUUCACUUUUAUUAUGUGUGGAGUGGACAUACAAUUUUAUUAGUAGUUUUGUGUGUGAGGUGGAUAUAUAAUCUUAGUAUUAAUUAUAUGUGUAGGGUGGGUAUGUGCAUGAAAAUGCAAGUGCCGUUGGUAUUCAAAGUACCUGCAGCGGGAGUUACAGACAGUUAUGAGUGCUGGAGACUCAAUUCAGGUCCUCUGCAAGAGAACUAUGUUUUCUUAACCACAGAUUCAUCUCUCAUGCCUCAUCCAGUUUGCCUCUUCUUAGAAGCACUUGCCAGAUCUGAAAUCCCAUAAAUUCUCUUUACUUAUUUGGCUCACGUACUCACAACACUUGCCUUAACCCGGAACACUUCCUCUAACCAGGAAGGCGUUCCAUAGAGUUCUGCUGAAUUGAAUACAAGAAUGAAUGAAAGAAGCAAGCCGACCCGGCAAGAGAAACUCCGCCUCUGCCCUUCAAGUCACUUCCGCGCAGAAGCCAGCUAAGGGACGUUCGCAAGUGGCUACGCUUGUGUUACAGAGAGGCCAGCAGAGGCCCCCAGAUCUGCAGCUGCCGGCAAGGUCGUCUAGCGGGCCCAGAGGACAGAGGCGGGCCGGGGCGGGGUCGAGGCGGGCCGGAGGAGGGACUCGGAGGGGCGGGGCCGGACGUCUGCGCCAUAAAGCUGGCUGCGCGCACUGGUACUGACUUGCUGCGCGCUGCCGCUCCUCUUUCCUUCCUCUUCCGUGCACGUACUGCUCCGUGUACUUCUCGGGUCCCGCCAUGGCUGCGCUCACCCGGAACCCGGAGUUCCAGAAGCUGCUGGAGUGGCACCGGGCGAACUCUGCCAACCUCAAGCUGCGCGAACUUUUUGAGGCAGAUCCGGAGCGCUUCAACCACUUCAGCUUGAACCUCAACACCAACCAUGGACAUAUUCUGUUGGAUUACUCCAAGAACCUUGUGAACAAGGAGGUGUUGCACAUGCUGGUGGACCUGGCCAAGUCCAGAGGCGUGGAGGCCGCGCGGGACAACAUGUUCAGUGGUUUGAAGAUCAACUCCACCGAGGACCGGGCGGUGCUGCACGUGGCCCUUCGGAACCGGUCCAACAGAUCCAUCAUGAUGGACGGCAAAGACGUGAUGCCAGAGGUCAACAAGGUGCUGGACAAGAUGAAGUCUUUCUGCCAGCGGGUCCGGAGUGGUGACUGGAAAGGGUACACCGGCAAAGCUAUCACGGACAUCAUCAACAUCGGCAUUGGAGGCUCCGACCUGGGACCCCUCAUGGUGACUGAAGCUCUCAAGCCUUACUCUAAAGGAGGUCCCAGAGUCUGGUUUGUCUCCAACAUUGAUGGGACCCACAUUGCCAAAACAUUGGCCAACCUGAACCCUGAGUCUUCCCUCUUUAUAAUCGCCUCCAAGACCUUCACCACCCAGGAGACCAUCACCAACGCAGAGACUGCCAAAGAGUGGUUUCUCCAAGCUGCGAAGGAUCCGUCUGCAGUUGCAAAGCACUUUGUUGCCCUGUCUACGAACACGGACAAAGUGAAGGAGUUUGGAAUUGACCCUAAAAACAUGUUCGAGUUCUGGGAUUGGGUAGGUGGCCGCUACUCGCUGUGGUCAGCCAUUGGACUCUCCAUCGCUCUGCAUGUGGGUUUUGACCACUUUGAACAGCUGCUGUCCGGGGCUCACUGGAUGGACCAGCACUUCAUGAAGACGCCCCUGGAUAAGAAUGCCCCCGUCCUGCUGGCUCUCCUGGGCAUCUGGUAUAUCAACUUCUACGGCUGUGAGACCCACGCCAUGCUGCCCUAUGACCAGUACAUGCACCGCUUUGCUGCCUAUUUCCAGCAGGGUGACAUGGAAUCCAAUGGAAAGUACAUCACCAAGUCUGGAGCCCGGGUUGACUACCAGACAGGCCCCAUUGUGUGGGGGGAGCCAGGGACCAACGGUCAACAUGCAUUCUACCAGCUUAUCCACCAAGGCACCAAGAUGAUACCCUGUGAUUUCCUCAUCCCUGUUCAGACCCAGCACCCCAUACGGAAUGGUCUGCAUCACAAGAUCCUCCUGGCCAACUUCUUGGCCCAGACUGAGGCCCUGAUGAAGGGGAAGUCGCCAGAAGAGGCCAGGAAGGAGCUCCAGGCUGCCGGAAAGAGCCCAGAAGAACUGGAGAAACUCUUGCCACACAAGGUCUUUGAAGGAAACCGGCCAACCAACUCAAUUGUGUUUACCAAGCUAACACCCUUCAUUCUGGGAGCACUGAUUGCCAUGUAUGAGCACAAGAUCUUCGUUCAGGGCAUCAUCUGGGACAUCAACAGCUUCGACCAGUGGGGAGUGGAGCUGGGGAAGCAGCUGGCCAAGAAAAUUGAGCCAGAGCUGGACGGCAGCUCUGCCGUAACCUCCCAUGACUCCUCCACUAAUGGACUGAUCGGCUUCAUCAAGCUGCAGCGCGACACCAAAAUAGAUUAAGCCCAGCCGCGGCCCUCCUGACUUCGUGUCCCUUCUCGCCUAUGCACUGCAUGGUCCUGCCCCUCCCUGCCCAGAGUGCGUACCACCGGACUUGGACCACGAGGCUUUUGGGAGAAGCUGGUCUGGAGCUGCUGUCCGCCCCCUCUGUGCACCCUCCCCCUGUUGAAGCAGGCGGAAGGGCUCUGAUGCUGACGCCAUGUUGUUCUGACCUGUAUUCACAUCCCAGCUAGAAUAAAGACACCCAGAGGAGGCAUGGGCUCAGCCUCUCAAGUUUA